UAAUAGAGCUGGCGAGAGGCGGCGACCUCAGUGUGUGUGUGUGUGUGUGUGUGUGAGUGAGUGUGUGUGUGUGUGUGUACAUGUAUGCGUGCGAGAUGGAAGAAUCGAGUCGCUGGUGAUUAUGGCAAUGGGCGACUCGGUGCUUGGUUGUAUCCAGAUCGCACCGAGGGACUUUUGGGAUGUCGUCCGUGAGAAUACGCGAUAAUGACUAUUGAAGUGAGCGAUUGACAUGGCUGCAUUCAGAAAAGCAAUUGACUGUUUCAUCAACCGGGUGAAAAACCCCAUCUCCCCCGGCCAGUCCGUCUCCAAGGAUAACACCUCUGAUAAACUGGAACUCGGGGGUCGCCAGAAGAACUUCAACAACGUGUUCGAGGUGAAAAGCAGAGGAAUAGAAAGCCCUUUAUUCAAGGCGGCGAGACAAAAUGAUGUUGAAUCUUUGAAGAAUUUACUAGAGGAGAAACAUGUAGACCCUUUUGAAAGAGGUACUGUUGGAGAAACAGUGCUGCAUGUUGCAGCAUUAUAUAACAGUAAGGAAGCUGCAAUUAUUUUGCUCAAUACCUUUCCAUUCUUAAUGGACGAACCAAUUGAUUGCGAGAUGUAUAAGGUUGCUGUACCUUCAGGUGAAACAGCAUUGCACAUUGCGGUGGUGAAUCAGAACGUGGACCUUAUUAAAGAAUUACUGGCACUAAACGCAGAUAUUAAAAAUUCUCGUGCCGUGGGGACGUUUUUCACGCCAGGAAAGGACUGUCGAUGUUAUUAUGGAGAAUAUGUUUUAUCAUUUGCAGCCUGCAUAGGGAACGAACAGAUAGUUAAAAUGAUUGUGGCACAUGGAGCACCUUUAAAUGCACAAGAUAAACAAGGUAACACAGUAUUCCACAUGCUCGUGCUGCACCCGAAUAAAAGCAUGGCCUGCAGAAUGUACAAUUUCAUUUCUUCACUUAUUUCCAAGGAGAAGAUUGAGUAUUUGGAGAGCAUCACCAACAAGGAAGGACUGACGCCCAUGAAGUUGUCAGCGUUCGAAGGAGACGUAGCAAUGUUUAGUCAUUUCAUGCAGAAGAGAAAGCAGAUUUAUUGGGCAUUUGGACCAGUGUCGUCCACCUUGUAUGAUCUUACUGGAAUUGACACCUGGGGAGAUGAGCUUUCUGUCCUAGACAUCUUGUGCUCGAGUAAGAAGAAAGAGGCCCGAAAGCUAUUAAAAAUCACCCCAGUGAAAGAAGUGCUGCAUCAUAAGUGGACGAAUUAUGGAUUCAAAUAUUUCUUACUGUGGACUGCACUUUACUUUUUGUACACAAUAAUUUUUACUGUCUGCUGCGUGUACCGCCCUCUUGCACCAGCCGGCCCGGGUGGGGACAACAUCACCAUUAUGGUCCCCAAGCCCCUGAAUGAAGCUUAUGCAUCAGCUGAAGAUUUUGCCCGUUUGGCCGGUGAAAUUCUGACUGUUGUCGGAGCUGUUCUGAUCCUCGUCACAGAGAUUCCACGUUUGAUUCAUAUAGGACCUGCAAAGUAUUUUGGAAACACUGUAACUGGAGGACCUUUUCACAUUACAAUGAUUGUUUAUGCUUGCUUUGUAUUAAUCACCAUGAUACUGAGGGUUCUGAACCACGAAUGGGAAACGGUUAUAAUGGCGUACGCGCUGAUAAGUGCUUGGUGUAACGUUCUUUAUUUUGCCCGUGGAUUCAAGUUACUCGGUCCUCUCUGCAUCAUGAUACAAAAGAUGAUCUUUGGUGAUCUUAUGAGGUUUUGUUACGUUCUGAUAAUUGUCAUCAUAGGAUUCGGUGCAGGUUUUGACGUUCACUUUCAAGCCCUGGACCCCAACACUUACUUGUACUUCAGGGACUUUACCAUCACUAUUUUCACAUUGUUCCAGCUGAUGAUGGGUCUGACUGAACUGCCUGGCCCUCCUGAUAUCAAGAUCCCUGACAUCAUCAUUGUCCUUUACAUGGUGUACAUGUGCUUUGGCUUCGUCCUUCUGCUCAAUCUAUUCAUCGCUCUCAUGGGAGACACUCACUAUCGAGUUGUCAGUGAAAGAAAAUCGCUCUGGAAAGCUCAGAUUGCUGCAACCACACUUCUUCUUGAGAGGAGACUUCCGGCUUGGCUUUGGCCCAGAGCUGGAAUACCAGGAGACUUGCUGGGCCUCAAUGUGGAAAAGUGGUAUUUAAGGGUCGAAGAGAGAAGCGAUUACCAAAAGGCCAGGAAGAAGGCUGAAGACGAGGAGAAAGAAAACAUAUCCCACCCAAGGAAGAACAGAAGUGCCUACCGCUGGAAACUCAUCCAUAAAAACAUAUCAAAAAGCCUGAAGAAAAACGACGUUCCAAGUGACAUGACCACUCUUUAAAUUCUCAUCCCUGUAACCCGAGAGACAUUGGCUUGUGGGAAAACACACACACACACAAUUGUUUUUUCUGACUGUGCUGAACCUUGGUGCAUUUGCAUUUCUUCAAGGCAAAAUACCUGCUUAGAAAUGGGGAGAGUGCGUUUCCAGGUGUAACGUCAUAGCCACGUCACAAGGAAGCAUUGAAAACUUUAAGUGGAGUUGAAUUUCAAUAGAUUAAUUAAAACUCUAAAUGUUUUUUUUGAAUGUGAUAAUAAAAAAAAACCUUUGUUACCGCUCGUUAUAAGUUAGGAUCAUUUGUAAAGUUACGAUUAGAUAGUCGCUUUCAAUAGGCACCGGAAUCAGUACUAAGACUUCUAACUAGAAAAAUCUUGUCAUUCGCAAAGGUGAUUUGCAGUAGAAAUAUUUCAAAGAAACGCCACGGAAAUACAAUAAUACCAAAAAUAAGUUAAAUUCAAAACAGGGCAAAGUGGGUGUUUAUUUGUGCAUCUACAGAUUAAGCACAUUUGUUGCAAUGGUUUUUAGAGGAAUCUUUAAACUUUAAUAACAAAAUUACUUGCAGUAUAAAGUUACUAUCACAGCUUGUAAAUGAUCUGUGCAAUGAUAAUACAUGAUGUUACUGCACACACAGAUUAAGAAUGAAAGUUUUUUUUAAUAUAUAUAUAGAAUGUAAGUGAAAAUUAUACAGUAUUUUAAAACAAGGUACAGAAUGCUACAGUAGUGAAGGGGUUAACUGCUGCUGACUGUUGUAACACUGUACCAUAAUAAACCUCAAAUACGAUUUUACUGAACGAACGAAGAAA